AUGUACUUUGGACGUGCUUGUGCGACCCUCUUGGGUCUUUCGUCGCUCGUUGCGUCAGCACCAGCUGAUGAGUCGCAUGCGAUGGCGUCCAGGAGGGGAUUGAAGUGGAAGCCACGACGAUCCCCUCUUACUAUCGAGCAGAUAGUACAGGAGACGAACAUCAUCAUCGUUGAAGACAAUAAGGCAGAGUUAGACGCUUUACAAAAGCUAGCCGAGCAGCAAUUUGCCCAGCUUGUCCAGGCCGAGGUUGCCUUAAUAACUCAACUGGAAGAUAUCAAGAAUAAUAUCCGAGUCAAUCAUUUUAAGGCUCGCUUCUCGCAAGUGAACAUUGUGAUUGUCACAGUAUCGACCUUAGUCGAUGCCCGAGCUGAGAAGGGUAGCCAAAAGAGGUACAUGGUAAACCAGGCGCUUGUUGAUAACGGCAAGCCUGAAAGUCAAAUCAUGGUCAUGGUCUCAGAUGCGCAAACCAUGACUAUCGGCGCAUCGAAGACCGUCGGCCUCGCAGGGGUCCAAGCAGCCAGCGCCGUCACCAAACCAACGGCGGUGCCUGCUCUCGUAGGCGCCGAUCCGGCCGCCCCGUACGGAAAGCCGAAUCAGAGCAUGAUCCUCCCUAUCGGUGCUAAAGCGCCGGCUAUCGAUCUCGUCUUCGUUGAUCCAGCUGCCAUCAUCUUGCCGAAUCAAAAGGAUCUAUUCGUUGAGAGCACGGAUACCUUCCUCCAGGACUGCGGUUUCUACCAGUCUAACGGCAAUGCUUUUGCCAACUUAGGCUCCCAACUGUUCACGUCGUUUGAGCAGAUCACUGUCGUGAACGGUGAUGUUUCGAUCGUGAAGCAGAAACAGGAGAUUAAUGUCGUUGCGCCAAUUGCAUAG